ACGAUGCCAACACCUGCAGCAGCACAGUGCCAACCACAGCCUCUCCACUAACACAAUGAUGACCAAGUGUAUGGCGCUGCUCACCCUCAGCUUGCUGGGAGUGACGUACGGUCAGGUAGGAUAUAACCAGCCGCCUCCUCCUCCUGCCUACUCCUACGGCGCCCCGGAGCUGAGAUCAGCCGCCUCCAGCCUGGUGGAGGAGGAAGACCCCAUAGCCGCCCUGGCCGCCCUCAUCCCCGGCGGCGGCGUCCCUGGUGAAGACUACCCGAUCCUGGCCUCUGUACCCGACACCGGCUUCUCCUGCGAGCAACAGGAGUUCCCAGGUUACUUCGCUGACACCGCCGACGAGGCCGGCUGCCAGGUCUUCCACAUCUGUCAGUUCGACGGCCGCCAGGACUCCUUCCUGUGUCCCAACGGCACCAUCUUCAACCAGCAGUACUUCGUGUGUGACUGGUGGUUCAACGUGGACUGUGCCGCCUCACAACAGUUCUUCGGCCUCAACGCUGAGAUCGGCAAGAUCCCUGAGGACGCUGCCGCUUCCUCCCGCAGUAACGUUGUGGCGCCCAGCCAGCAGUACGGCGCCCCCCAGCAGCGUCAAGAUACCCCACCUCCUUCUCAGUUCUACAACAGCCCCAACAGGUUCUAACUUCACCCUGGCCGGCUCCACCACUGUACCACCACCUUGUACUGAAGACGAGAAAUAGCCUUUCUGAUCUUUGUUGAAAUCUAAUAAGUUAGGACUUCCUUCUUCCUAUUACCUGACCUCCUGAAAAGUAUUUCUAUACUCAUUUUCUGCUAAAUUUUCUAUAUUUCUACUUCCCAUCCCAUACCCCCAAAAUACUCUGAUGCACUGCUCGAUAUUAUUUAUUUACUCAUCAACGUGUACACAGAUCUGCAUGUUGUAAAUAAAACUCUGAAGGUAAA